AUAUUCGGUUUUGCUUGCUUUAAGUAGGUACUGUAACAAAUGUAUAACUCUAAAAAAUUAAUCAGAAAAAUAACUCACAAAUUGUACUCACUAAAGACACGGAGAAAAAUAUGUUAUUUACGAAAAAAUGUAAUCUUUUCAAUUAUUUUUAUUGGUGUCAUUUACCAUGUCAAGUUGAGAGAUGUAUUACUUGAGCAACGAUACUUUAAGCAUUUUGGAUUUCGAUCUAAUUUAAACAAUUCAGAACUUUUGGCGUGUUAUUAUAGUAAUGAAGGGGAUGUGCUUCCAUGGGCUGAUGGUCCCAACUUUGCGCCAAAGCUCAACUCGAUAUUCUUCCACGAAACAUCAUGUCGUGGAGGCUUAAACUCUCGUCAAGCGUGCUCCAUCGAGUCUGCGGCGAGGGCACAUCCAACGAGACAAAUUUACGUUCUGUUCAGUGGACCCAUCAUUGAGGUGGUGUAUCAGAAAAGCUGCAUAGCUAAAUUACGGCUCCUACCAAACGUACAUUUUGCUAGAGUGCACAUAGAGGAAUAUGCAAAGAACACCCCUUUGGACGGCUUAGUAGCAAGUAGGGAGUUAGAAGAGAGCUAUUGGCCCGUAGAACACGCUUCAGAUGUUUUUAGAUUUUUGACUCUGUACAAUUGGGGGGGAGUGUAUCUGGACACAGACGUUAUGGUACUGAAAUCUCUGACACCGCUCGGUCACAAUUGGGUAGCGAAGGAAAUAAGUUGGCACGCGAGUGUGGGAGUUAUUGCUAGUUCCAUGGACCACAUCGGCAGACGACUCGCGCAGGCUCUUGUAAAUGAACUGAAAACGACGUUUAAACCUGAUGUUUUCAAUAAUAAUGGUCCAGGCGUGAUGACGAGAGUACUACACCGCUUGUGCAAUACAUCCGAUCCGACCGAAUGGUCUGCUAAAACAUGUCAAGGUGUCGAAGUGUAUGGUCCAGAAUACUUUUACCCAGUCCAUUAUACCAGAGCUAACGAUUAUUUCAAAUCUGGAAAAUUGCAGAACGUUUCCGAUGCCUACGCUCAUCAUUUAUGGAACAAAAUGACUUCCAAUAAGACAAUAGAAAAGGAUUCUCCAUAUGAUGAGAUGGCUCAGAGACUUUGCCCUCUAAUUUAUGAGAUGUAUGGAGAUGAAUUUGGGACAUAA